AUGUUAUCACCCACAACACUACCACUCCGGGCCCUCCUCCUCCUCCUCCUCCUUCUCCUCCUGUGUCUCUGGCCACAACUCACAACCACCGCCUCCACAAACUCCACAUCCAAAAGAGGUUUGAUCUACAUCUACACCUCUCACUCAUCCAAAGACGAUUCAAUUUUCACCCGAUCCGGUUCCCCAUUGACUUGGUACUACAACUACUCACCCUGGCCCACCGACAGUCUUUCCGAUGACGUCGUCGAAUUCGUGCCCAUGGUCCACGGGGCCACCAACGCCCACGAAGACGUGGCGACCAUCAAGACUCUUUCGAACGCGACUCACGUCCUGUCGUUCAACGAGCCUGACAUUUCAUCCUCCGACGGCGGGUCAAACACUUCCCCCAGUGACGCGGCCAAAGCUUACCUAGACUUUGUCGCACCACUGAGGGAGGAACCAUAUAAUUUGAAAAUCAGUUGGCCAUCGACAUCAGGGUCCGCGUCUGGACUAACGUGGCUCUCCAACUUCAACAAGACAUGUCACGGUCUGAACAGCACCCACGGGUGUCCGUACGACUUCCUAGCCACACAUUUUUACGGACCCUUUUCAGGUCUGGCUUCGUGGUUGGGCAACCUCCACAGUUUGUACCCCGACGCCAAAGUAUGGCUCACCGAAUUCGCCGUCCCGGACACCUCGGCCACGGUCGCGUUAGCCAUGAUGGACCAAUCACUACGGUACCUCGACGGGUUGGACUACCUGGAGAGGUACUCUUGGUUCGGGUCUUUCCGGUCGUCCGACGCCAACGAAUGGACCGGUGACGGGGUGAGCAUGCUGGACGGCCACGGGAAACUCACGGGCCUGGGAGCUCAGUAUCUGGGUGGGGAGGAGAACGGAUUCGAAAAGGGACAAACAGGCCAAGGUAGUAAGAAUGGAGGGGUGGCGAUGAGGGACAGACGCAGUUUCUCAAUGACGAUGCUUGCGGUCGUGACGAACGUCGUUUUGGGUGGUCGGGCUUUUUUUUAGAAUGUUUCGGGAGAUGGAAAAAUACAGAGUUUGAAUACUUGGGAUACUUGAAAUAUAUAUCCGGACUUUUUGUGUGCCAUGAUGCAUCCGUAUGGG